UAGAGACGCCUUUAACUUGUUCUUUUACAAUAGAUCAACGGAAAACAUGUUGGGAAAGAAUGUUACACCCUGACGCCACUUUAUGAUCAUAUAUCAUCUCAAUGAAGGUAUAUCUUAUGUUUGAUUGAUAUCCAUCCGUCAUCAUGUCCUUUCCUGCAUCUCACAAAACGGUGUUUGUCUUGGACCACGGACCGUUCUUUGCCGAGUCGUGUGAGCAUCCAGUCGACUAUGAUGUGGUGGCUCUUAGCAAGACACGCUCCACUGGUUUCAUCCCGUUGGCACCGUUCUGCAAGUCUCUCUGGACCUGCAGUGUGGAGUCUGUGCUGGAGUACUGCAGAGUGGUCUAUGACAUCUUCCCACAGGGAAAAUUGAUUACUGUAGUGGCCAGUGACACCCAGGCAAGACCUCUGAAUACCUGGUCACAGGAUAAUCAGAAUACAGCACAGUUGAUGCCCGCUCUGGCCAAUCUGGGGCCACUCCGUUCAUCCAAGAACAUGGAUGCCAGUAUCAUGAAUGGCCUGUCAGCCGCUGUGGAGUUAUUGACAGAAGGCACGGACUAUCAGCUGGUGGCACAGACGCUAAUGAAUGAAGACGGUGCCGAGGAGAAGGUCGUCAAUAGAGGGCGCAUCAUAUGCCUCACGUCCGUCAAGAGUGAGUCACAUGGUGACAUGUUAACAGAGUACGUACGGGACACAAUCACGCAGCAGAACAAGACGGUAUUAGCUGGAGACAGUGACAACAGCCUUCUUCCAAUCGCGCAGUGCGAUUUAACCCUGAUUAACAUCCUACCGACCAAUAAGGAAUCAGGGAUCAAAGACCGGUCCCCUGCUUCCAUGUCCCCGUACCUGACAGCUGAGGUCCACUCUGCUAAGGCUGGACGCCACCUGGCCAACAAACUCUCUGUGAUCGCACAGAAACACUACGACCUGGCUAUCACCACCGUUACUGGCAUACCGAUGAAGGAGGAGCAGAAUGCCAUGAGUUCGGCCAACUAUGACGUGGAGCUGCUGCACCUGAAGGAAGCGCACUCCGAGCUGCGGAAACUAGAGGCCAUCAUGAACAACCAACCCGAGCCGGAACCCUCCAACACAAUGGUCAUAUCCACCAAGGGACCCGUGGCUACCGUCACCAAGUCACCCGAGAGUAAUACCAUCCUGCUGAAAUGGUGCCAGCCUAGGUCCAGCUCUGUAGAGUUACUCCACUGCAUGGGCGCCUACAGAGUUUCACCAGUUGGCGUGAACAGCCGGCCGUCUGUCUGCCUAACCAACUUCCUACUCAACGGACGUCAGGUGAUGUUGGAACAACCCCGCAAGUCAGGCACCAAGGUCAUCUCCCACAUGCUGGCCAGCCACGGUGGGGAGAUCUUCCUACACUGCCUGACGACGGCUAGGUCUAGCCUGGAGGAUCCACCAUCUAUCAGUGAAGGGUGCGGGGGGAGGGUCACCGACUAUCGGAUCACCGACUUUGGGGAGUUUAUGAAGGAAAAUCGGCUGGCACCGUGCCAACCCACGCCAGAGACGGAGGAGGAACCACCCAUCGAAAGAGCUAAGGCCCAGCUGGAGCGCAUGACAAGACACUGGCCCAUGGUCAUCGGCGAUACAAUCAUCUUCAACAUGCCAUCGCAUUUGGACCCCUUACCCACGCUCAUCACAAAACUGGUCCUAACGGAGGACGAGGUUUUAGAAUGCAAGAAGGCAAUGUAUCACGUGGUUGGCAUGGAAACGAGGAAUGAGCCGCUCCCGGUACCCACCAUGGGAUCACGAGGCAAGGGCCCGAAAAGAGAUGAACAUUAUAGACAAAUGUGGUCGGAGCUGGAAGUGUUGGUUCGAGCUCACAGCAACACAUCACCGGCCCACGAGAAAAUCCUACAGUGCUUGCUGGACUGUCGCAAACCACCGGGGGACGAAGCUGGCAAGAUGGCAACAAAGAGGGCAGCAGAGAAAGCCAAUGUCAAAGUUGAAAGGUCAGAGGUAGAAGCCAUUGAGACACAGCCUGCGUGGCCAGAAAGUGAGAGGAUCAGUGGAGCAGACAUCAAGCCAGGCAUUCCCAAGGAGAACGUCAGAGGUGCGUCCGACCAACCACCCCUCAAGAAACAGAAGAUGUUUGCAGGGGACGUCAUCGGUAAACCUAAAGCUGGGCCCCAGUCUCUGCUGACACUGUGGAGCAAUAGAAUCAAUUCCAUCCACUCCAAGAGACACGUGGAGUUUGCUGGCAGACAGGAGGCAACCGGCAAAGUAGCUGAGCUGUACCCAAACCUAAUGAGAGAGGAGAAAGAGAGCACCAACGGGGAGGUCAAGAAGGAGAGAACAUCAUGACGACAAGCAGCGUGAGCGUUCAUAUGGAUGCCAUGGUAUUCAGUGGGUAUCAAUCUGCUGGUCCUCGCUAACUGAGAUGCCUGCCUCUCGCCCAAACUUUCCCAACAUUGAUCUGAGUGUUAACGUUGGCAACAUUUGGCUGUUGCACCCUGGUUCGGUGGUUGUGGUUUCCAGGGUUUUAGUUGAGUCUUCACAACUCAACCACAAGUCACAAAUGUAAAGUAAAGUUUUAUAUAAAAAUUGCCACCAGAAGGCCAUUCAAGGUUGCGCCGACAAAGAAAAACGAAACAAGCUAUUCAAAUGAACUGUGACAUGGGCAAUUCCACGGUUACUCACGUUACAUU